GUGUUUCCCUGUGUGACUGUGUCCACUACGCGUGUGUUCUGAUCGAGCUCCAGGCGUUCCAAUGGCUGAGGUACUGGCCACCAUGGUGGUCGGCCCACUGGUGUCCAUGGUGAAGGAGAAGGCCUCCAGCUACCUCCUGGAGCAGUACCAGGUGGUGGAGGGCUUGGAGAAGCAGCACAAGCUCCUCAAGCGCAAGCUGCCGGCCAUCCUGGACGUCAUCACCGACGCCGAGGAGCAGGCGGCAGCCAAGCGAGAAGGGGCGAAAGCUUGGCUGGAGGAGGUCCGGCAAGUGGCCUACCAGGCGAAUGACGUCUUGGACGAGUUCAAGUACGAGGCGCUCCGCCGCAAAGCCAGGGAGGAGGGGCACUACAAGGAGCUCGGCAUGGAUGUAAUAAAGCUCUUCCCUUCUCACAACCGUUUUGUGUUCCGUAUCAAGAUGGGCAACAAGCUCCGCAUAAUUUUGCAAGAACUUGAUGUCCUUAUCGCAGAGAUGAAUUGUUUCGGGUUCAAGUUCCGACCAGGGCCACCAGUGCCCGUAAAUCACUUGAGGGAGAAUAGUUCUAAAAUCAUCGACCCCGUGGACAUUGCCGGCAGAUCCAGAGCUGGAGACAAGGAGAAGAUUAUUAAGUCGUUGCUUGAUAAAGCUAGCAAUGUGAAUCUCACGGUCUUUCCUAUCGUCGGGAUGGGAGGGAUGGGGAAGACCACCUUAGCCCAGCUUGUUUACAAUGACCCUGAGAUUCAGAAGCAUUUCCAGCUGCGACUCUGGGCGUGCGUCUCUGACAACUUUGAUGUGGAUUCCCUGGCUGAAAGAAUUGUCGAAGAAGCUAAGAAGAAUUUUGAAACGAAAGAAGCUAAGAAGAAUGGUUGUCAAGCAAAUGGAAGUUCAGCAUUGGACAAGCUUCAAAAUGCAGUGAGUGGGAAGAGGUACCUCCUCGUAUUGGAUGAUGUCUGGAACCGUGAUGAGGCACACAAGUGGGAAAAACUGAAGUCCUACCUUCAGCAUGGUGGCAGCGGCAGCUCAGUGCUCACAACAACUCGUGAUCAAGCAGUCGCAAAACUAAUGAUGGGUACAGCUAAAGGAGCCUAUGAACUUGGACGCUUGGGUGAAAAUUUCAUAGAGGAAAUUAUCAAGUCAAGAGCAUUCAGCUCAAAACAAGAAAAGGAUUGGCCUCGUGAACUAGUUAACAUGGUUGGUGAUGUUGCAAAGAGAUGUGCUGGUUCUCCUUUAGCUGCUAAAGCAUUGGGCUCUGUGUUAUGUACCAAGACCACCGUGCGUGAAUGGAAGGAUGUGCUAAGGAGAAAAAAGAUUUGUGAUGAUAGAAACGGAAUCUUACCAGUACUCAAGCUUAGUUACAAUUGCUUGCCAUCACAUAUGCGGCAAUGCUUUGCUUUCUGUGCUAUGUUUCCCAAGGAUUAUGAGAUUGACGUGGAAAUGUUGAUCCAGUUAUGGAUGGCCAAUGAUUUUAUCCCGGUGCUACAAGGAGAAGAACAUCCUGAAAUUUCAGGUAAAAAUAUUUUCAUUGAGCUUGCAUCAAGGUCAUUUUUCCAGGAUGUGAAGGGGAUCCCAUUUGAGUUCACUGAUAUAGAGGUAUAUAGAGUUACUUGUAAGAUCCAUGACCUUAUGCAUGACGUUGCAUUGGAUUCUAUGGGAAAAGAAUGCGCUGCUAUAGCUACAGAACAGAGUAAAAGUGGGGAUUUUCCACAUUCAGCUCGUCAUUUAUUAUUGUCAGUCAAUGAACCAGAAACUCUUCUGAAUGCUUCCCAGGAGAAAGGCUCUCCGGUUAUACAAACACUGAUAUGUGAGGAAUAUGUAGACAGAGACUUGCAACAUUUGUCAAAAUACAGGUCUGCGCGAGCAUUAAAGAUCAAGGGAGGUUCGACUUCAUUCCUAAAAUCCGUAUGGCUACAUCACCUGAGGUAUCUUGAUCUCUCACGAAGCUAUUUUAUUAAAUCACUUCCUGAAGAUAUAAGCAUCCUAUAUCAUCUGCAAACAUUGAACCUUUCUGACUGUGAUGAUCUUGAACGACUUCCAAAGGGAAUGAAGUACAUGACUGCCCUCCGUCACCUCUACACUCACGGAUGUUGGAAGUUAAAGAGCAUGCCUGCUGACCUCAGAUACCUCACUUCCCUACAGACGCUGACAUGCUUUGUAGCAGGUGCAGGCUCUGAUUGCAGUAGGGUGGGAGAACUGAGGCGGUUAGACGACCUUGGUGGUCAGCUGGAGCUUAAACGGCUAGAAAAUGUGAAAGAGGCAGAUGCAAAAGAGGCAAAACUCAGAAAUAAGAAAAAACUGGCCAGAUUGACAUUGAGAUGGAGUGAUUGUGACAAGGAGGCACAUAACAGUGAUAAAGAGGUACUGGAAGGACUGCAGCCUCAUGAUGGGCUGAAGGUUCUAAGGAUAUAUUGUUGCAGUAUGGACACUUGUCCAACAUGGAUGAAUAAGUUGCAAGGUAUAGUGGAGCUUGAGUUUUCCGAUUGCAAAAGACUCGAGAAGCUUCCUGCAUUCUGGCAGUUAUCAGCUCUGCAAAUUCUUUGCUUGCGCGGAUUGGAAAACAUACGUUACUUGUGCAGCAGUGAUACAGCCUUCACAUUUCAGAAACUGAAGAUCCUUAAAAUUUUGAAGUUGCCAAACUUUGAGAUAUGGUGGGGCACAGGUGAGGUGCGAGGAGAAAGGCCAAUAUUUCCUCUGCUUGAGAAGCUAUUAAUCAAAGAAUGUAAAAGUCUGGCUGCAUUGCCGAAAGCAUCAGUUAUUAAACAAACAUUUGAAGGGAUCAAGACUGAGUAUAGGUCCGCAUUUCCAGCAUUGAAGGUAAUGACACUAAAAAAUCUUGAGAUGUUUCAGCGAUGGGAGGAUGGCGAAAGAACUCCAGGAGAAGAGCUAACAUUUCCUCUGCUUGAGAUGUUGUUUAUCAAAGAGUGUAAAAGUCUGGCUGCAUUGCCGAAAGCAUCAGUUAUUAAAGAAACAUUUGAAGGGGUCAAGACCGAGUACAGGUCUGCAUUUCCAGUAUUGAAGGUAAUGGAAUUAGAUGAUCUUGAGAUGUUUCAACGAUGGGAGGCAGGCGAAAGAAAUUCAGGAGAAGAGCUAGCGUUUCAUCGGCUUGAGAAACUAAUAAUUCGGAGUUGCCCAGAGUUGACUACUCUACCCGAAGCACCGAAGCUAAGUGUAUUACGAGUAGACGGAGCCAGCCAACAAAUAUCAUCCCUGCAUGCAGCUAGUAGAUAUAUCACUUCAUUGUCCAACCUGGAGUUGUGUGGCUAUAAUACAGAAACAGAAUCGGUGGCUGAACAGAAUUCGAGUGAGUUGGUGCAUGGCAGGGAGAAAUGGGAGCAUAGAUCCCCUCUGACACAUAUGGAUUUACUGAGAUACAACCUUUCGUUCUCCCAUUCAAGUGCACUGCCACUAUGGACAUGUUUUGCACAGCUCGUAGAUUUAAAAAUUCAGUAUUGCGACACUCUUGUCUACUGGCCAGAAAACGUGUUCCAGGCCCUAGUAUCCUUGAGGACGUUAUAUAUUAGGGCAUGCAGCAAGCUGACUGGACGCACACAAGAAACUUCUGAGCAAUCUGCUCCAGAACGGAGUGGACUCCUGCCAUGUCUAGAGUCUCUAUACUUAAAUGAAUGUCAAUCUUUGGUAGAGGUUCCCAACCUACCGGCCAAGACAUUAUGUAUUUACGACUGCCUUAUGCUCGGGUCCAUCAUAUUCGGUCAGCAGGAGGAUACGUCAUCACUGAUUCCAGGAUCCAGCAGUGAAGCCAGGGCGUCUACAGCUGUACGGAAGCUGUCAUCAUCAACCAGCCAUCCCUUCCUUCCAUGCCUAGAAUCGCUAGACAUAAUGCUUUGCCGUGGCUUGUCAGAGGUUGCCAAUCUUCCUCCGUCCAUCAAGACCUUGGAGAUCAGGUGCUGCUACAAUCUUCGAUCCUUAUCGGGACAACUGGAUGCCCUCCAAACAUUAUGUAUUGGAAAUUGCAGUAAUUUGAAAUCGCUGGAAUCUUGCUUAGGAAGGCUCCCAUUGCUGGAAGACCUCCGCCUUUGGAAUUGCGAAAGCCUGCAAUCCUUACCGAAUGGGCCUCAAGCCUACUCAUAUCUUAGAGCUCUUAUGAUUGAAUCUUGUCCUUGUAUAACGUUGCUUCCCCUGAGCCUACUGCAACGUCUGGAUCAUCUCGAGGAGAAAACACUAGAUGCAUGUUACGAAGGACGGGAAUAUUCAAUUAGGAGGCGGCUGGCAUGCUUGAAAUAGCAUAUUGAAGACCUGAUGAAAGAUAUUACCAUGGAUCAUUGCCAGGGCUGCAAAUGAUGGAUUAUUGUGACUCGAGAUACAUGUGCCCUUUCUGAAGAUUAUCACCAGUGAAGUCAAGCUGAAGGCCUUGAUUUUGAGCAGAAAACAAAUGCCAGAUUGCAAAUGGAAGAAUUUAGCAUACAGAGAUGCAUGCUCCAGUUUUUAAUCCUUCUUUGUUCUUUUCAAGUGUGACGUGUUUGAAUAUGUGUGCGCUCCAGUAUAAGCGAAACACAACCAACACUUGAUGUAAGGAUGUGUUUUUCUACACGACUGCAGAAGAUACUUGUUGUUCAACAAGCUGUUUUAAGCUGCUGAUUGAAAUGCACUGAAUGUGAUGAACUUCAUUCCA